UCAGCAUAAAAUAGGUGGUCCUUUAAUAGAUAAGCGAGUGAUGUUAAGACAUAUCCCACAAACGUUUGAUGCGCUGUCAUUCAUUUGAAAAUUCGACAAGAACAACAAUGAAAAUCGCUUUUCUUCUUGCUGUCUUGGGAGUCGGACUCGUGUCCUGCGAGCAGUGUCAGGUGGACGCAGACUGCACUCACACCCACUGCACCGCGGACGCAUCCGGCUAUAAGAUGUUCUGUGAACACGGCGUUUGUCUAUGCGACCACAACUUUCCGUGCAAGCUUCCCAGCGACUGCCAGAGCCACUUCGGCUCUUGCUCCAGCGGCGGCUUCCUGGGUGGCGCCUGGCACUGCGUGGACAGCUCGUGCUCGUGUAGCCAUAGCGGUGGUGGCAUCGGCGACUGCCUCAAUGGUAACAUCCAGCACUGCCUGGGUAUCAUCGGCGGAAUUGGAAAGAAGUAAACGGACCAUGUGUGUACCUUAUACAUAUCAAACGUUUGCCUAAAUUCCAGGAACUUGUAAUAAAAAUUCGUAACCUUG